GUCAACAUGCCUCGUUUAUCUCCUUUCUCUCUGCUCCGCUCACCCAUCUCUCGACGUUCUCUCCCUUUUUCUCUUCCUUCUCUUCGAUCAGCAAUAUCACCAACACCUUCAAAACCAAUCAACCUCUCUACUUCCUUACUACCCUCAUCACUCAAAUCUCUCUCCUCACGCUAUAUCACAUCUUUUCACUUGAGUCGACGACUAUCUCUCCUUUCGACCCUACCCUCUUCUCGUUCAAAUAACAUCUCUCUCGUUCGACCGAGUUUAUGGUCUCAUCUUCAAGUCAGAUAUGUGACAAGAGGAAACUCGUAUCAACCUUCUCAAAGAAAAAGGAAGAGAAAACAUGGGUUUUUAUCACGUUCUAGGACAAAAUUAGGAAGGAAGAUCUUAUCUCGGAGAAAAACUAAAGGAAGGAAAUUUUUAAGUCAUUGAUUGUCUUGUUAGAGAGGAUUUGACCUCUGAAUUUUUUGUCUUUUCAAACGAGUAAUCUUCCGAUCAUCCCCAUACUUCAUCGUCGACUCUAUAUAUCGUUUUCCUCACUUUUUCAAAAGUACCAACACCUCUUUCCUCUUUUCACAUCGAAUGUUUUCCCCCUAACUAUUUCCCCCGUCGCUCAUUCAGCUCUACUGUCUCCACUUCUUUCAUCACCUGCCAUUUUUUCUCUUACCGAACCCGAUUGCAGAGUCAUUUUUCGCACCUGGAAUGGAAAAGGAGAACUAUGUUCUCUCCACUGAACGAAAAGCGGAUCAUAUUCAAGCAACUAACUCGCGAGUGGUCAUUAGAGUGCUCAAGAUUGUGAGAAGUAUU